GAUAUGAGUACAAUUGUGUCGUAUUGCUGGGAAAUGUGCAGGAUGCCAGUGAAGACAUUCUUUUGUGCAUAAUAUUUUUUUUAUUUUUAAAUUUAGAGUCUUCCUUUCCUGGAGAUAAUUCUAACUUCUAAGUACUAGCUGCUCUGAAUUAUAUGCGGCGUAGAAAUUGUUAUCAGAUCUGUAGAACUCUACUUGUGCUGUUAUGCACUUAAAAUGAAACAUGUGGUGCAAGUACAGUAUUCCCACCAGGCGACCAUUGCGAUUUAUUAGAUUAUUUUUUAUGCUAAUCGACUUGAUUAUACAGGGCUCCCUCAUAUUCAUUUUCUAACUUAAACCAAUACUCCUUGAUCCGUUUCCCCCGUCUUCCACUUUGAACAUCAUCCAGCUUCAGCUUCUCUGAUACAACUCCAUGCAUUUAAUCACACUGGGUUCAUUGUUUUCUUUGCUGUUAUUGUUGACCUGUAAUUCUUUACACUUUUCUCUGUAUGUUUCCUUAAAAAAAUUUCUAUUCUGAUGAACUAUCUUAAACUUAACAAAAUAAUGGCUAUCGUUUACAGAUUAUGAUUAUUGACUUCAAACUUAUCCUAGUGGGACUGCUACUGCCCACCUAAUCAACAGCUUUCACACCCCAAAAGGAGCCAAAUUAGCCAACUAAGGCUUUUAACACAAUUCAAUGUAUUGCAAUUGCCUCCUGUCAGCAUGGCAAGGCGUUUGAUUUGACUUGAUUUUUGCUCUCAUCCUUUUACUUACAGGAAGCAGGUAAAGACUUUAGGCAAGUUUUUCACAUUCAGCUUCUUAUGGGGUUUCUUCCAAUGGUUCUUCACAGGAGGAGAUACUUGUGGAUUUACAAAUUUUCCGACUUUUGGCCUGAAAGCCUUUAGCUACAAGUUCUAUUUUGAUUUCUCAGCAACUUAUGUAGGUGUGGGUAUGAUAUGCCCAUAUCUUAUUAACAUAUCUUUGCUACUUGGAGCAAUAUUAUCAUGGGGAAUCAUGAGGCCACUUAUAGAGACGAGGAAGGGUGUCUGGUAUGAUGCAAGCCAAACAAAAACGAUGCAUGGUUUGCAAGGUUACCAGAUAUUUAUUGCCAUAGCUAUUAUCCUUGGUGAUGGACUCUACAACUUCAUUAAAGUCUUUGGACGCACGAUUUUUGGUUUGUACAAGCAAUUUCAGGCCAAAGAUACAGGCACUAUUCUUCCUUCUGAUCAUUCAGAUACUGAUGACUCUUCAUUACAGUCAUAUGACGAUCAACGAAGAACUCGGUAUUUCCUCAAGGACCAAAUUCCAAAUUGGGUUGCUGUAUGUGGCUAUGUUGCCAUUGCGACAGUAUCUAUCAUUACACUGCCUCACAUCUUCCAUAGUCUCAAGUGGUACCACUCCUUAGUCAUGUAUAUAAUUGCACCAAUGUUGGCCUUCUGUAAUGCUUAUGGAUGCGGGCUUACUGACUGGUCCUUGGCAUCAACUUAUGGAAAAUUGGCUAUCUUUGUUAUUGGUGCUUGGGCUGGUGCUUCGCAGGGUGGGAUUGUCUCUGGACUAGCAGCCUGUGGGGUCUUGAUGAAUAUUGUUUCCACAGCAUCAGAUCUUUCCCAAGACUUCAAAACAGGAUAUAUGACACUAGCAUCUCCCAAGUCAAUGUUUGUGAGUCAAAUAGUAGGUACAGCAAUGGGUUGUAUAAUCUCUCCUUGUGUCUUUUGGCUUUUCUACAAGGCCUUCCCUGAUAUAGGCGAGCAUAGUUCACAGUAUAUGGCACCUUAUGCCUCCAUAUACAGGAGCAUGGCCACUCUUGGAGUUGAGGGAUUCGGUACAUUGCCAAAAAAUUGUCUGACACUAUGCUUGAUAUUCUUCGCUGGAGCUGUGGUCAUCAACGGGAUUAGAGACUUUGUGGGGGAAAGAUGGGCAAGAUUUAUACCAAUCCCAAUGGCGAUGGCUAUUCCUUUCUACAUUGGAGGUUACUUUACCAUUGACAUGUGUGUUGGUAGCUUAAUACUUUUCUUAUGGCAGUGCACUAACAAAGCCAAUGCUGACGCAUUUGGACCUGCAGUGGCUUCUGGGUUGAUUUGUGGAGAUGGAAUAUGGACUCUGCCAAGUUCUAUACUUGCUUUGGCUGGUAUUAAACCACCCCUCUGCCUUCAGGUUGUUCCUAGGCUACAUAGUUGAAAAUUUUACGAUUUAUUCCUUGUCAUAGGCGCAAAGUGUUACUGUUAUUUAGGUUUACUAGCUAUACCAAUUGUAGAUUCUUGUAAGCUGUUUCAAAUCUGAACACUAUACACGUUAAACUUUAUAUGUACUUUUUUGAAGGAAAAAUUCUUAUAUGUA